AUACAUAUAAAAUAAAAUACUUACUUCCGUGACUCAUUAAUGUCCAUAUUCAUUUCAAAACUUGCAUGCAAUCCGCCAAUCAAAUCGAUAACCUAUACAAACUUGUGUAGAGAUAAUUGUAACGCAGUAAAAUUCUCCAGUAAUCAAACCCAGCAUAAAAUGCAGCUACCUCCCGGAAUUGAAUGGCAUUAGGGAAUUAGUAACUGUAUCGUUCCUUGCUGAAGCAGAAUGAUGGGAUCUAUCAAAAUUGUAAUUGUAUUUUUGCUCAUAUUUUCAUCAAAAGUCGUAAGUCAGACCGAGUCAGAAAACGAAAGUGUGGAUGGCGAACAAGUCGAAGAAAGCGAUACUGGAGCCACAAAUGGGGUCACAGAUCUGGUAACUGAAAUGACCGAAGAAACUGAAGCUGUCACACAAAUCGAAACGGAAGUCACUGCGGAAAAGGAAGUUGCUACUGAAGUUGAAGUUGCUACUGAAGCUGAUCCCAUCACAAUUCCUUACCCCAUAACAACGCCUGUACCCAAUAAGGGGCCGAUUAAUUAUGCCAAGCUUGAUCUAAAAACCGAAUAUCUUAAGGGAUCGCGAUGGUCACUCGAGCAAAAAGACAAGAUUGAUGUUUAUCAUGCAAUUGAAAUUGUGGACAUUUCAAAAGUGGACGUGGACACGAUGAGCAUUAGAAUAGAGAUUCACCUCAGACAAAGAUGGGAAGCAUUGGACUUGGUCAUUCCUCCAGGUCUUUUUAAAGAUGAUGAUCCUCACGAUGUUUCUAUCCAAGCGGACACCCCGAUUUUGCAGUCUCUUUGGUCACCUAAUUCUUUCAUCCCUGCUGCAAGAGGCACGAAGAUCGCCUCCUUCACAACGGAGCAAUCUGUGGUCAACAUUUUCCCAAAUAAAACAAUCGUCUACACAGCCCGAUUGUACACUAUUCUUGGAUGUUUAUUUGAUUUUCAGUGGUAUCCACUUGACAAGCAGAUUUGCAAUUUAACCAUUGAGAGCUAUACUUCUACCUCGAAGCAAGUCGCUUAUCUCUGGGAGACGAAUCAACCUCCCGUGGUUUACACGAGCCUGAAAUUACUGCAGUAUGAUCUCCACUUUCCGAUGCGGUAUUCCAAGGGAACUAAUCAGCGUUGGGCAAGAGAUGACCUUUACCCAUAUGUCCAACUAUUUUUCGAAUUCGAACGUCAACUUGGCCAUCAUGUCAUUCAAGUGUUUAUUCCAACUUCGCUUGUAGUGAUUUUAUCUUGGUUUAGCUUUUGGUUGGGAUUAGACGCUGUUCCUGGACGAAUUACACUCCUGAUUACAGCAAUGUUAACCCUUGUUACGAUGCACACUGGUUUAAAGGGAAGUAUUCCUCCGGUGAAUUAUAUCAAGAUGAUGGACAUUUGGAUGGUUGGUUGCAUGGCUUUUGUGUUUUUGGCACUUUGUGAGUUUGUCAUAGUCAAGUUUAUUCAUUGGAAAAAACAACAGGAAUUGAAAGCGGCAUUGGAGAAGGAGAAACAGAUGGAAACGUAUCGAAAAGAAGUUAAGGAAAUGGAAGAACGAGACAAAGAUAACAAGGAUCAGAUUCACGAUCAAACAAAACCCGUUAACCGAUACAUCAAUUUCUAUCGGAAUAUGGUUCUCAGAGAGAGAAUUGUUGGGGAGAUUUUAUCCCCGAGAUCAACUUGGGAAUUCAACAAUUCGACACCUUUUGGCAGGACUGGUGGGAAUCCUCUCCACCCACAGCACCCGGAUAAUGCACCACCUCAAAAAAUACCCGUUUGGGUGAUGGUAGACCGGGUUUCUCGGGCUUUGUUCCCCAUUUCCUUUGGCAUUUUUAAUCUCGUAUUUUGGCCAUAUCUUAUAGUGGGUGCUGACAAUCAGUGAAGUUUAUUUGCAUAUUUCGAAAAAUGUGCACAAUUUAAAUUGAGGAAACUAAAUAACUACUAUUAUUUAUUUAUGAAUUAAGUACAGAUGCAGAUAUUCAUACAACUGUAUAAAACUUUAUUAUUUACAUUACGUUUCAUUUGCAUUAUAGGAAAUGUAACAUUUGGAAAAUAAAAAAAGUGUAUACAUC